ACCCACCAAUCACCCACCUCGCCUACCCGCUCACCCACAACUCUGGCAAGGGGCAAUGUCCAAAGGGCGUUGCGGGUGUCUAGGCAAGCAAGAUGUUCCGUGCGAACCUUGGACCCGGCCCGAGAGGUCUCGGCUGCGGAACACGAGGGGCGAAGUGGACUCCCAUCGGUGGUGCCAAGCGCCCGAGUUAGCGAGCGCCUAUUAACGCUACAGUCAAGUCCGUGGCUGGCGGUGGUGUCGUUUGGGCAGCAACGCGUACAACGUUCCCGGGCCCGUCUUUGUCUCACAUCUCAACUUCCGGCAACAACAGCCCUCGCCAUGCCUGACCCGGUCGCCGUCAGGGUCCUAACGAUGGACGCCGACAUGGAUUUUGAAAUCCAGCCAACCGCCACUGGAAAACAACUUCUAGAUCAGGUCGCUCGCACCAUCGGUCUCAAGGAGGUCUGGUAUUUCGGGCUCGCUUACGACAACAAACACGGAGCCAAGUGGCUGUCCUUCAACAAGAAGGUGCUGUCGCAGGUGAAGGGCGACGCAAGUGCCGUGGCCACGCUGCGCCUCUGGGUUCGCUUCUACCCAGAAGACGUGGACGAGAUCAUCCAGGACGUGACUCUGAGGUUGCUCUACCUGCAGACGCAUCGCGCCGUGAUCAGCGACGCCCUCCGCUGCCCGACGGAGACCUGCGUGCUCCUCGCGUCGUACGCGGCGCAGGCAACGCACGGGGACCUGAGCGACUCAACCGUGUACCAGGGUGACGAGGAGCUCCUGCCCGAGAGGGUUGUCCAGCAGUUCAGCUUGACCCGCGCGCAGUGGGAGGAGAAGGUCACGAGGUGGCACGCGGAGCACGUGGGCAUGAGCAGGCGGCAGGCCAUGAACGAGUACCUGUCCGUGGCCCAGGAUCUGGAGGCCUAUGGGGUCUCAUUCUUCCCCAUCUCCAACUCGCAGGGCUCCCCCCUCUGGCUCGGAGUCUCCGCCCAGGGACUGAGCGUCUACGUGGAGCAGGAUCUGCUGACUCCCAAGAUUGACUUCAUCUGGGAGGAGAUUGCAGUUUUGACGACCGAAGGAACUCGGUUCAUCAUCAAAUCCUGCGAUGAAGACGCCCCUGAUUUUGAGUUCCUCGUCCCGAGCGUGCGGACCAAUCGCCGCGUCCUGUCCGCCUGCGUGGGGAACCACGAGCUGUACGCGCGGAGACACGGAGACACUCCCCCCGAGAUCACGCAGCUCCGCAAGGACGAGGGCAGGCCCCACCCCCGUGAGCUCCCCAGGCUCCCCCACGGAGACCUCACGGACGGAGAUCGCUGGGGACACGAACAGCAGCAGGGGCAGCACAACGGGCACGGCGACUCGCGCAGGUCCUCGUCGUCGUCAGUGUCGUCGGGGAUCUACGAAGUGCCCGACGAGCUGAAGAAGGUCCAGGACUCGAAGGUCGAGAUGAGGAACUCCCAGCUCAAGGCCGUGGCCGCCUCCCUGGUUGAGCCACGCGAGGGGCAGCAGCAGCAGGCGGGAGAGGAGGAGGAGGAGGCGGCUGAGGCGGUGGUGCCCGUGGGGCCCACGGCGGGGGCGGCGGCGCUGCGCAGGGCAGUUCGCUUCCACACCCUGAGGCGCAUCCGCAGGGGCACCACCAAGCAGCGUAUCGACGAGUACGAGGCGCUGUGAGCGGUGGGGUGACGAGGUGGUGACGAGG